GCACUUAGUGAUGCGUUGUCCAUAACUCAUAAUGCUAGUGAGUCGCUGACAUCAUGUAUCAAGUAUAACGAGAUGCUACAAUACAAUGUUUUAAAGGAUUUGAUGCUUAUAUUAGAAGCUAGUGAAGGGGACCGAAAUAAGUUGAUAGAUAAAGCCACAAUUCAACAAGACUAUAUUGCCUGGAAGAAGAAAAGUGAGUAUUUUAAAGACACUUCCAAUGGAUUAAGUAACAGGAUAAUGUCUGAUACGUUAGAUGAGGGAAGAAGAGCUGCUGCCGAGCAAUUGAAAAAUACCAAACAAAAAAUUAGUAAAAUUUCAGAAAAGGAGAAGGGGGAUCUAUUCAAGGCAUAA